GGGAAGGAGAGUAUCUUUCAAGAACGCACUGAUCAUAAUGACCUCUAAUGUCGGAUCAUCAGCCAUUGCCAAAGGAAGACACGGGUCUAUAGGUUUUAUCCUCGAUGAUGACGAAGAUGAAGCAUCUUACGCUGGAAUGAAAGCUAUGGUAGUUGAAGAACUCAAGAACUAUUUCCGACCUGAGUUGUUGAACCGGAUAGACGAAAUCGUCAUUUUCCGACAGCUUGAGAAGGCUCAGAUGAUGGAGAUCCUGAACCUGAUGCUACAAUACUUGAAGUCGAGGCUUGUAGCACUUGGAGUCGGUUUAGAGGUUUCUGAACCUGUCAAGGAGCUUAUAUGCAGACAAGGCUAUGAUCCAGCUUACGGUGCACGGCCACUCCGUAGAACAGUCACAGAGAUUGUGGAAGAUCCACUCAGCGAAGCCUUUCUUGCUGGGAGCUUCAAGCCCGGUGACACGGCUUUUGUGGUUCUCGAUGAUACUGGAAACCCUUCGGUUCGGACCAAACCAGAUUCUUCCACUGUACGAGUUACGGACAAGAAAUCAAUCGCAUAGUUUACAGCAUUGGAGGAUUGUAUAUAAAGAUUCUUUGGUUAUACUCACUCGUCUGAUACUUGAAUCUCAAUUGCUUGGUGCAAACCUGUAUAUAUAACGAUACAUAGUGGAUAGUCGUGAGGUAAUUGUAUUAACUAUUAAAUUAUUAAGGAUUUGUUCCUACUUGAAUUAU